AAUGUCCAAAAUCAAAUUAACGACAAAUUGGGCAUUGACAGCUUUCUUGUGCAGCCCGUGCAAAGACUGACCAGAUAUCCGUUGUUAUUGCAGCAAUUUAUAUCUGAAUUCUACAAAAGCGGCAUUAGCUGCAAGCCAGUACUGGCGUCUGUGUGCAAGUUGGAGACACGCAUGCGACGCCUACUCGAAGUGGUCAAUCAGGCUGAAGAAGUGGCAGCCAUAGACGAGCUAGCAGAGCUCAACCUACCCGCGCAGGGCUACUUCCGUCGCGCCGCCGAAUUUGAGGCGUAUCAUCAUCGUUCGCGCAAGAAAUACACCGCCAAGGUGUUCCUCUUCGAUCGCUGCCUCAUCUGCACAGAGGUGCGCAAGCGACGACUUGCCUAUCGUCAUCAUUACGCUUGGCCAACACUGGAGCUGCAAUUGAAUGGUAGUAAGAGCAUAACGGUGUUACUGCGCGGUAGCGGUGCAGCGAGUGCGGCUAGCGGUGCCAAGGAAGAGUACGAAUUCACAGCGCAGGAAGCGAGCGCGGUGACGCAGUGGAUACGCUGCGCGCGAAAAAUUAUUGAAAUCGAACGUGUGGAGGCGGCGAUGCGGGGAAAAUUCUCACUGCCAAUGGAUUUGGUGCUCGGUGUGGGAAUGGCGAUAUGGUUGAUAUGGAAUUAUUUACCUUAGUUUGCAAAGCUGCGGCUUUAUAGAUGUAUAGUACAUAAAUUUAGGUACUUUUUCGAAAAAUAAUGGGGGACUAAUAACUCGAUUGUUCGAGGGAUUUUAAAGAUUUAAAUUUAAUUACACGAAAAGUUGUUUAAGAUUACACGAAGAACAAAAAGAAAUAUACUUAAGUUAUUUUUGAAGACAUUAAGAUACGUAUGUGUAUACAUAUUUUUUGAUAAAAGCUCUUAUUUGCUAUAAUUAACAGCUACUUUUUGUCGGAAGCUAGCCGCUAACAGACAGUCAGCAAAACUUUCAAUAGGCGAAAGACAAUAAAAACGCGACGAAAAUUAUUACGAACCUAAAUAUAUUGAAUUUAAAUAGACUCAUCUAGGACUUAGAGGCAUAUAUAACGGUCUAAGUUAGGUUAAGUUAGGCCACGCGCCACACUUAGGCGUUAUUUGUGUGGUUCAAUAAAAAAGCAAAUGGCAUUAUUAGCAAAACUAGCCUAGAGAAAUAACGGCAACUAAGAAGAAACUGCUGAGAAGAUAGUAAAUCGUCAUCUUCGCAACAGCUGCGGUAAUAGGUUACUACUAGACAGUGCUCUGUAAGAUCUCCUAUCAGCACUACGAGUUGGCGCUUGACCAGCUUAUGAAACUCUUUUGACCGCGUGAUAUUUAUGCCCAGGAAUACCUUACAUGUUAGGAUAAAUGACCUCGAGGGUAACCAUCAAUCGUGAUAAACAGCCUUGCAGUGGUUCGUCGCUGAGCUUUGGGGCCUAAAUUAACUCAGUUUGGAAGUAUUGCGAGGCGACCCAGAGAGGUCCGCCGUUCUAGUUUCGGUCGUAACAGAAGGCGAUUGUCUGUCAGAGUAGAUAUUAACUCUCCGAAACAGUAUUAUGCUAAUAGGUAGCAUGUGGUCUGUAUCCGGAAAUUUUAACUUGAGGGCAACAGAGAGUUUCUGACUCUGCAACUACUACUAUAUGGAAUAAUUGUAUGGCGGCCGGCAACUCAAAAGGCAAGUU